AAUCUCUCUCUUAGUGAUAAAAAAGCAGAUAAACAAAAAAAUCUAACCCAAGCUCUAUUCGACUAUAUGAUAGAAGAAGCCAAAGCACCAGUUGCUUCAAAAUCUGGGACUUUUAAAACUUCUAAGACGUCUAACCUAUCUGAGCCAAAAAUUGUUAAGCAGUCUCAAAAGGACCAGCUCGAAACUAGCAAGCUUCCCGAACCUAUUAAGCUUAUAAGUAGAGUGGUGCCUGAUAUGCCUUCUAAAGAAACUGAUUCUUCUAAGCCUAUUAAUGAAGUAUCAUUUGCCAUACUUCUGA